AUGGAAUUAAGGGUUGGGGGCCGCUUCCGUCUUGGUAGAAAAAUUGGGAGCGGCUCCUUUGGCGACAUUUAUUUGGGUGAAAAUAUCCACACGCAUGAAGAGGUUGCAAUAAAAUUAGAAUGUGUUAAAACAAAACAUCCACAACUUCACAUUGAGGCAAAACUUUAUAAAUUAAUGUCUGGGGGUAUCGGCAUUCCACAAGUUCGGUGGUGUGGUUUUGAGGGAGAAUAUAAUGUUAUGGUUAUGGAAUUGCUUGGCCCUUCAUUGGAAGAUUUGUUUAAUUUUUGUUCACGCAAAUUUUCUUUAAAGACGGUUUUGCUUCUAGCAGAUCAAAUGCUUGCAAGGAUUAAUUAUAUCCAUACAAAGGACUUUAUUCACAGAGACAUUAAACCUGACAACUUCUUAAUGGGCCUUGGCAAGCGUGGCAAUCUUGUUUAUAUUAUUGACUUUGGACUGGCUAAGCGAUACCGCGAUCACAGGUCAAAGCAGCACAUUCCAUAUCGUGAUCACAAAAAUCUUACGGGUACAGCUCGAUAUGCUUCAAUAAAUACUCAUUUGGGUGUAGAACAAAGUAGGAGAGACGAUGUUGAAUCUCUUGGCUAUGUUUUAAUGUAUUUUAAUCGAGGAACACUUCCAUGGCAAGGAUUGAAAGCUGCGACUAAAAAGCAAAAGUAUGACAAAAUUUCUGAAAAGAAAAUGUCUACCCCGGUGGAGGAACUUUGUUCGGGAUUUCCAGAUGCUUUUGCUCGUUACUUAAAUUAUUGCAAAGGGUUGUCUUUUGAGGAAGAACCUGAUUAUGAUUAUCUCCGACAACUUUUCAAACAACUUUUUAGUCGACAAGGAUUCGCUUAUGAUUAUGUUUUCGAUUGGAACCAGUUAAUUUUGGCAAAAAAUCGGCAACAUUUACCGCCUCCAGCGCAUGGAUUGACGGUUGCGGCUACGGGUGGUUCUUCGAAUCCAACAGCUACUGCAGUUCCUUCUGGAGGUCCUCCACAAUUCAAUCAUCAUAUCCACAACCAUGGAAUGCACAAUGUCCCUAUAAUUAUGAAUAACAACAACAAUCACAAUCAAGGUCAUCAUCACAAUUCAUUGGCUGCAGGUUUGCAACAAUUGCCAGUAGCAGCUUCGGGUCACCACCACGGUCAUCACCAACAUCAUAAUCAGCAACAUCCACAGCCAUUGGCACAAGCACAAGUAACUUUUUGA